ACCCGGGCCGGCUAUCUUUUGCCCUCCAGCUAGGGUUAACCCGCUUGCUAGGGUAGCCCUCCCUCCUUGUGCUCGCAGGCCUUAAAUUUGAUCGAGUUUGCCGUCAAAAACCUGCCCGUCCUGACGAGAAAUCCGUCUCGACCAAUAGCUUCACUCUCCUCAGGCUCCGCACCGCCGGUAAGACCCCGUGGACUGGGUUUGAUUCAUUCAGUCACGCAAGACCCCAGAAUCGACUGUGACACUUCUUCACCAAGAUGGCAGACGAGAAGAAAGAGGAGCCUAAGAUGCCACUGAUUCAUGGGAUGCCCUGGUUUCCUGGAACAACGCAUGAAAUGGUCGACACAUUUCCACAGCUGUUAGCUAGACAAAAUGACAUUUUUGUUGCCACAUAUGCAAAAGCUGGAACAACAUGGACCCAAGAAAUGGUUUGGCAGAUUAUCCAUAAUGGAAAUAUUGAUUAUCGUCGAUUGGACGUACGAAUGCCAUGGUUAGACGGAAUGCUUCAUCCAAUGCCCCAUAACCCUUAUUAUGCAUCAAGUCCUUUGAUGAUCGAGAGGUUGUUUGAAAGCUUUCCAGCACCACGUGUGUUCAAGACUCAUAUCCCAUAUGACCUGGUUCCUAAGCCGCGUGACCAGGCUACCAAGCCACGUUACAUUUGUGUCAUGCGCAAUCCCAAAGAUACAGCUGUGUCAUUUUAUCAUCAUUACCAGCUUCUCUCUAGAACAACACACACCUCCUGGGACGAAUACUUUGAAUUAUUCAUCAAAGGAGAAGUCUUCUACGGCUCGUGGUUUGAUCACGUGUUAAGCUGGUGGAAACACAAGGAUAAUCCAAACGUGUUGUUGUUAAAGUACGAGGAAAUGAAGACGGAUUCCCCUGCUGCCAUUCAAAAGAUUGCCAAGUUUAUUGGAAAAGAACUUCCUCCAGAGAUAGUGGAACGCAUUGUAAACCAAACAUCUUUCAACGCCAUGAAAAAAGACGAAAAGGUUAAUUACUCAUGGAUUAAUGGGAUUAAGGGCGACUUUAUUCGCAAAGGCGAAGUGGGAGACUGGAAAAACUACUUUACUGAAGAACAAAACAAGCGGCUUGAUUCUUUGUACGCGGAGAAAAUGGCCUGCUCUGGACUAGAAUUUGAAUUUGAAUUCCGGGUUGGCCGGGAGUCAGAUGACGAGGACUUUGAGCCGCAGGAAUUUUCUGUUAACAAAUCAGACAAAUGGGAAGGUGAAGACGAGGACGACAACGAUGUUAAGGAAAACUGGGACGACGAAGAUGAAGACACGGAAAAGAAACCGGCGCCAUCACAAAAUGAAACAGAAGCUGCUCCUCCAGCUAAAGUAAAGAAAAGAAAAACAUUAAAGCAAGCCCUACAAGAAAAGGAGGAAAAGGCUAAAGAUCAAGCUCUUAGAAGAUUGGAGGAAGCUAAAUCUGUGAAAGAGGAGGAACCAACAGAAGAAGACAAACUAGCAGAAAAGCUUAAAAGACAGAAAUUGGUAGAGGAGUCAGACUUGGAAAUAGCAAAACAGGCCUUUGGUAUAAAGGAUGAUGUAGGAUCCAAAAGCAUAGAUGAAAUGAAUCCCAACACAAAAGAAGAAUUUGUGGAACUGAGUCAAUUAAUUGUAGGAAAAUUAUCCAAUUAUGAGUCAAGUGCAGAUUAUGUUCCCUUCUUGGAAAUGCUUUUUAGAGAUUUAUGUGCAGGCUUGGAAGCUGAAGAUGUUAAACGUUUAGGUAGUGCAAUAAAUAUCUUAUCAACAGAAAAAUUAAAAGCACAAAAGGCAAAGAAAGGUAAAAAGACUGGUAAGAAAGCCACGCUUUCAGGAACUAGUGCCAAAGCUGGUAGAAAAGAGGACUUGGAUGCAUUUGGUGCAGGAAAUUAUGAUUAUGGAGAUGAAUUUGAUGACUUUAUGUGAAAUGAUUUAACAAAUCAAGUUCACAGACUCUGAAGAAUAUGGAACUCACAUGGCAGUACUCAAAUGCUGUCAAUGCUGACCUGGAUCGUGUUGUUUUCUCUUACUCUUGUCAGCAUCUCUGUUGUGUAAUUAACAAUUUAGGUGCUGAUGCAGUAUGCUUAAAAAUACAACACAAGUUGAGCAUAUUUAUUAAGUAAUUAAAAAUAAUGAAGAUAUGGGAUAUUUCUAAGUCCCUCUCUACCACUGAUCCGUCUGCUGACCAGUACACAAUAUAAUUUGUUUAAAAGCUCUGUAUUUAUCUAGUAGUGUUUCACAUGAGAUAACAUGAUCUACAAGAAGACUUGUUAAAUUCAACUUUUUCUUAAUGACAGGUAGCUUAGUACUUUUCUUUCUUAAGCCAGCACAUGGGUGUAGUCUUUUACAUAGUUUGUCUCAUUAUAAGGCAGACAUCUCUGUAAGGCUAGAUUGAUCUGCAUACCGUAAAUAUAUGUGAAGACCAGUUUUGCUUUUGUGACAGAAUUGAAGAGAUUAAUGUUGGCAGUUCAUAGUGUUAUCUACCCUGCGAGCACAGUCUCCUUUGAUCUUCCUAGAAAAAUCAGGAAGAGAAAGGAGUCUCCUUCUUCCCAAUUUUUCGAGGAAGAUCAAGGAGACUCUGCUUUCAGAACAUUAGUUAUCUAGCAACACAACCAUUAUUGGCUUGUCACACAAUGCUUCUCCUUACCAUUUGAAAGAGCAUUGCGUAGAAUCCAAUACUGGCUAACCCAGGACAAAAUUCAUAUUUCCUGUUCUCUGACAUCCAUAGAUGUAAAUUUGGUAUUAAGUAAGCAGUGCACGUACCAAGUUGUGUACUUUGUUACAAAACAAAAGACAAUCAUAAAAUAAUAAUAAGUAACAAGUGAAAAUUGGCAAAUUUAUUCAAUGCUCUAGACUACCAGGAGUUUUUGUAGGGCAUUUUAAAUGCCUGCAUAACCCAACUGAAUUGAGGAAAGUAUAUUUUAAAGGCCAAGUAAAUGCAUUUGAAGUCUCUCUGUAUUAGGUAUACUGUUCCAAGCUGUCAGAUUGUAAGCCAGGCUUUUGGAUAAUCUUCAACAAAAUAGCAUCCCUUAAAACAAUCUUGCAAGGUGUUUAGCAGUUAUUUACAAGGUAAAAAGGGAAACAGGCUUAGCAACCAAGAACGUUCUGUUUUUCAAGCUCAAGGAUUUACCCAUUCAUUUCUAUCUGUGAACUUGCAACAAGCUAUCUAUCAUGUAUUUCUCAUGUCAAGGUGACCUUGUAAGUUUCAUGUCCAUAAUAUAUGAGCUUUGUUUUACCACUUAUUUAAAAGCUGUAUUCUGAGCGAGCUUCUGAUAUCUCUUGCUCACCUUUUGGUCCGUUGAUUCGGUCUGCAGUGAAAUACUCCACUGUAAUCAGGUUACUUAUCUGAACUGUUUUAUUUUCAUCUGUUUAUUGAACAAGUGCUUCUUUUACUGAUUACCCUCACUUUUCCACAACUGUUUAAAACUUCAAAAGCAAUAUAGUUUUCUAACAAAUUAUUAAAGCAAAAAGAACUUCACUGAA